AUGAGGAUGGGUCCGAAAUAUUACUACCGCUAUGGACGCAGCGCAGGAGUUCCUGAAAGAGUUUCUCUACCAGUUUUGUCCAGUCCGUCACCCGGUCCUUCCGAUCGGCACGUCCCACCGUCCCAGUCACCUACGGACGGUGCGGACGUCCCACCUGACAACCUUGCUGCCGAACAGGCUCCCGCACCAGACGCUGAGGAGAACAGUACUUCUUCACAACACCCGUUUGACAAUUACAUUGUACCCACCGACGCCUCCGAACCAGGUCGACGCUCCUCCUUGCCGUCGUCCGACACUGAGGGACACGUGCGCAAACAACGCUCGCCACGUAGGCGCAAACGCCGUCGCCGUUCACCUACGGGCUCUCAGAGCGUCGCCACCCGCGACGACGAAGACGACACCCAACCAGCCGACAUUUCCACGCAGAGGUCGGCGGACAACUUCCACGAUGAACAAGACGUUUCGCAGGACGGGACCACCAUGGAGGUAGCCACGCACAAUGUAAUGAUCGGUGCGCAGGUUGAGACGCCUGUCUCCCCGCCGAUAACUCCAGAUCUCUCUCACCACGACGCAAUUCCCAUGGACAUUGGACAGCCCCACGGCACAUGA